AUGUCAAAAAGCCAGUUGAAGCGUCUGCAUGAGGAGGAAGAGCGGAAGAAAAGAGAAACGGUAAUUUUUGAAAUAAAUUCCUUUUAGCCUUUUGAGAGUUCAAUUCCUCUCGGCUUCUGUGUAAACUUAAAAAAUUUUUUUGUCUUAAGAUAGCCGAAGAGCUGGACGACGACGAUUUAGCUCCGCGGCACAGUCGAGUUCCUGUAAAUCGUUUUGCUUUUCUUGGUACCUUUCUGUGACUCCUCUUUUUUUUAAAAUGCGAUCCAUUUUCAUAUGGAGACGAUGAAGAAGAGGAGAAAUCAGUUUCGGACUCUGAAAAAGCAGCCGGAUCCGUGGAGAACCAGAACUGGGUUCGUUGAUAAAUUUUCUCUGAAAAUUGUCCUUCCAACCACUUAUUCAUGUUAAAAUAAAUUUUCAGAACACUGCCAAGGAAAGGAAGAAAAAUAAGAAACAGAAGAAGAAAAACGGGAAAAAGCUUCCAGCGGUAGAAACCGAAGAAGAGUUGCUCGAAAGAUAUGCGGCUGAGGUAAAAAAAUAUCAGUUUUAUAUUUCUAGUUCAAAAAAAUUUUUUUUUAACACUUUGAAAGUGAGUAAUAACGCUUUAAAGUUUAUUUUUUUAAGUAUUGAUCUAGGGGUCUUUUUAAUGGUAAAACUUUAUUGGAGAGCGGAAAAUCGUAAUACAAUAUUCUGAAUUUGAACCCUUUUCAGAACAAAUUGAAGAAUGAGUGUGCCGGAAAUGCUGAUGAUGGCGAUGACGAUUUGAUCGAGUUAAUGAAGGUAUGAACUUUCUGUUUCUUUUCCAAAUCCUUACUAUUUUAAUAUAAUCAAUUUUAUAAGUCACCGAGAUCUGCUUCGAGUUUUAUUUCGGGUUAUGCAAGGAUUUUUCAACAUUAUGAAAGAGAAAAAAAAAUCAAAUUUAAGGUCGAUCCAAAGAUGUUUGACCCUUCCGCCGAAUUGAAAAGAUUGCUGGGAAAAGCUUUGAAGGUAUGGAAUUUUUGUUUCAUUCUUUAAUGAUCUCUCAAGAUAGGCAGAAUAAAAAAAUCCACAAAAAUUUUGACAUUUUUUUCAUAUUUUUGGAUUAAAAAAAUUUUUCAAUCAUUUUUUUUUUACUUUUUUGAAAGUUUUUCCGUAAUACUUUCUUCAGGAAAGCAGUUCCAACUCGAAUUCUCGGAGAGACCAGCAAAAGCCGUUUGCCAAGAUCAAGACUCGUUCAAACCAAGCCUUAUUGGCCGCCAAGCAAAAGCUUAGGUUUGGAUAAUAUUUCGGUUUUUAUGUUCUCAAGAGGUCACUAAAGGGAAUUUUUGUGGAAAUUCUCUGGCCUUUUGGUGCUAAUAGAGCGCAAAAAUGGAGAAAAAGACUCGGAAACUUUUUUGGAAGAAAUUUGCUUGAAUCCUGAUUUUUUAUGAACUUAACGGGGAAAAUGGGAAAACGACACUUUGUAGAACCUAACCGCCAAAAUUUUUUCAUUUUCUUAGAAAAAUAAAAUGAUUUCUAGGAGUUACAAUGGUCCAUGAUAGAGACGAAGAGGAUGUCCGUUGGUUCAAAUUUGUUCAUCAACCUUUGUAUGAACCUUUUGAAAGGUUUGAACCCAAAAAAUGGUCCUCAAGUCAUCAUCUUCGAUUCUCAGAAUGUUUUGGCAUGCCGAAGACAAUCACGACGUCGAAAUGAUCAAUGAGAUUCUGGUGGUGAGAAAUUUCACCAAGAAAUUUAAGAAAAAAAUAAUUUUUUCUUCAGCAAACCGGCUACCAUUUGAACUCGUUGCUCUCGAUUGCAAACGUGAUGCGAAUGCAAGACGAUUUUACUCAAUCUUGCGAUUUUAUAGGUAAUAGUUUUGGAAUAAUGUGCUCAAUUGACGAGAAACUUGAUAAUAAAAAAAACAGCGAAAAAAAAAAUUGACAGCGAAAAAAAAAAUAGAAAUAGCGUGUGAUUGGUAGAAAUUUCUCUUUUUCUAGCGUUUUCAAAGUAAUUUGCGCAAAAUUCAGAGUUUUCUCUGGAUAUCCAAAAUUUAGUUAUCUUUUCCACUCUCUGACGGCUUUUUUGAGUUUUGUGUAAUCUUUCUGAACCAGGUAUUCGCUUCAAAAUUGAAUUUUUCGCUAACCUGUUCAUUUCAAACGUUACACGAUGAAAUGGGGUGGAAUUUUAUUGAAAUCAAAGAAAAAUGUUCCAGUUUUUAUUCCUUUACGGUGUUCAUUGACUUCAGUAGACAUGUUUUUGAAGUUUUUCCAAGUUUAGUGUUUAUUUUGAAAUAUUUUUUUCAACAUGUUUCAUUCUUAGAACGCGGAAUCUACUUCUGCGAGCAACAUUUCGCCGCCCAGUUCCAGCCAAUGUCCUGGAAACAUCGGAUCGAUUAUUUAGACUACGAAAAUCGGGCCUUCUAUCUCUUGCUUCACCGUCAUUUGCUCAAUAUUGUUCAUAAAAGGUGAAAAAAUUGCAAAAAUAGGUUAUCAAUUACUUUUCGGGGAUGUUUUCUAGUACUUUGAGCACGUUAGAAAGAUAAUAGUUACAAAAAUUAGAAUUAAAAUUUUUGAAUUCCCGCCAAAACUGCUUUGCAUGCAGAUUUCACCCGCCUCAUUCUUUUUUCUUCAUGAAAAAGCUCAAAAAUGGGUUUUCAAAGAAGUUUUCAGAUGCUUCGAAACGGCUCUGAACGUCGCCAAGCUCAUCUUCAAAAUGGACCCUCAACGUGAGUUUUUUUUUAAAAUUUCAUUUCGAUUUCAACAAUUAUUUUGAAUCAUAAGUAUUAUCAUGUUUCCAUUCUAUUACAAUUUUUCGAAUUAUAGGUGACCCAUUAGCCAUAAUUCUCAUCAUUGACACCAUUGCCAUCAACGCUCUGCAAUACAAAUGGCUCAUCAGUUUUUAUAAUGCUGCCAAGGUUUCUGUUUUCGAGAGUUAAAAAUGAACAUUCCCUAAAUUUAGUCGUGGAAAAACCUGCACCUUUUGCCGAACAUGAGAUAUUCUGUGGCGUUGGCAAAGUUCCACUACGCCAAAACCGAAAAAGAGAAGGAUGAGGCAGAUGAUUUGGUGAGGAAAAUGACAUGACUUUGAAAAAAUCCUGAUUUGAAAUAGAAUUUUUUUCUGGAUUUUCGCAUUCUAACGAUUUGGAACUCAAUAGGAACCGUGUGAGAAAGGCUCGAAAAACGUUUUUUUUAAAGUUGGACGGGGCAAAAGUUUCGCCCGACCUUUAGCGGGUUUCCGUCUCUCCUGUAGGUGCGAAAGUAGGCUGCACUAAAAAAAAAGUAGUUUCCUGAAGUUACGGCUAAAUUUGACAAGCUUCAGGUCGCUCAAAAACGUAAAACAUUAGAGAAAAGCUUCAUUUUGACUUAGAGACUUUUUAUUUUUAUGAAAUACGUUUUAAAGCAUUCAAUUCUCAAGUUUCAUACAUUUUCUCAUGAAAAAGAUUCAAAGUUCCCUUUUCGCGUCGAGCCAUUCCAAAUGCGACCAUUUUUCACCCUUUACUUUUGUCCAUCUAGAAACGAAAUUUCAGCUCCAAGAAGCCUUGGUCGCCUUCCCUACCUUCGUCACGGAUCUUCUAGAUGAACUUCAAAUGGAGCCGGAUCCGCUGGUGGAAACUCACGAGCAUUUCAGCAAAAUUCAAGCCAGCCGGUCUGAAACUCUAGCGUUCAUUCUGUAGCUGAACAAGGAUUUCAGCGAAGGCGACGGCCUGAAACUCCUUCAGAAGAUUUACGUCAAGCAGUCUUGCGAGCUGUGGAAAGCGCCCUCGACCAUGUCCUGGCUGGAGAUGAACACGAGGCUCGUCGCUGCCGAGCCCAAGUUCAAGGAGGAGUUGCAGGCGUGGCGCACAAAGUACGGCUGAAUUAAUGAACAGCUUUCUGGGAGCCUGUGAGAUCGAAACUACCAGAAGAACAGUUUGAAUUUUUUCAGACGAUCUCAUACAAAUUUGCCUCAGUUAUUUUGCUAGUAGAAUGCUUCCAAGUUUUUUUCUCAUUUUUUCCUCAAAUUUGAACAUUUUCUCAAGAAUUCUUCGAUACUUCAUUAAAUGUUCUAGGCGACAGAAGAUGUUCACGGGCAUGGCCCCAAACGUCUCCAGGCUAGCCGAACUGCUCGGCUUGACGGCGUCGAAUUCAAUCACGGACCCGGUACCGCCGCCAAGAGGAAGAGCGAUGUUAGUAGGAGAAUCGAGUGAAAAUGAUCCAGACGCUUUUUUGAAAAAGUUGAAAAAAGUUUUAAAGUUUAUAGGUUCAGCCGUAAAUGUGACCUCAAAUAUACUAUUUUCUAAAAACUUCCCUCAUUCUUUCUUUUUCAUCUGAUAUUUCUUUCACUGUAGGUCAUUCGUCACGGCUUGAAACAGUCUGACAUGUCUGUGCCCUCUUCUCGCUCACCAGCGGGGUCAUAGAAAAAUGAAAACAGCAUGUAAUUAAGGGAAACAAGAGGGCAGAGGAGUCCGACCUUUUUUUGUAUAAGUUUGUUUGAAAAAAAUGUUAUUUAUUUCAGUUUCACCCGCACGAAUCAGGCGAUGCCGGUUGGAAAUGACUCGUUUUGGUCGGGAUUGCUGCAUUCUCUAUAUCCUGACUUUGACCGGGUUUGUUUAAAUAUUUAAAAAGAGCCAAUAUUAAGCUAAUUUUUUUCAAUCAAAUACAAAUUUUUUUAAAAAUCUCUGUGACUUUGAUUAACAUGCGUUUAGCGAAUAGAAAGAGAGCUAAUUGUUGUGUUUUUUUUUUCAAAUUUUCCACAAAUUCGCCCGAUAAAUUUAUGAAGGUCAAGAUUGUGAUUCCUCAGAGCCCCGCUGGAAUGAGUAACUUUCAAAGUUGUGAAAUCGGAGUAUUAGGCCUAACUAUGUAUGGAAAAAAAAAAACGAAUUUUCGGAGGUCAUAGAUAAAUUUGAACUCCUAGUACUCUGACAGAUUCGUUGUGAAAAAUUUUAGGAAAUUCCAAAAUUCACACUGUCAUGACCUCCGUUGUAGACAAUCUCAUUGUAAAAGGCAACUGUUACCUUUUUCAGGAAGAAAACCUGGGAACGGCAGUGGAAAGGGUCGCCGGCGACUUGGUACGCGAGCUGACCGAAUUCGCCUUUGGCCGGAUCAUGGGAGCGGAUUUGAUGCGAAGGCCCGGAGAGGAGAGAGAACAGGGAGAAGAGGAGGAGGAGGAGGCCGAGGAGUCUGAAGAAGAAGAAGAACAGCCUAAUCAUCCUUAG